AUACAGACACGUGUCCAGGUGCGCGGCUCAUAUAAAACAGCGCGCACCGUCCAUUCGACACCAUCGCAGGCCGCAGAUCCCAGCCUGAACACCAUCCCCUGAGCAACAGAAGCAGCCAUGAUUGCCAUCAGCAGCAAGUCCCUCCUUGUCGCCCUCGUGGUGCUGGCCGCCCUGUGUAGCCUGGCAGCCGCGCAGUUCGGCUACGGUGGUUACGGCCGCGGCUAUGGCGGUUACGGCCGCGGAUACGGCGGCUACGGUGGUGGCUACGGUCGUGGAUUUGGCGGCGGCUACGGCGGCUACGGUCGGGGCUACGGUGGCUACGGCCGUGGUUUCUACGGCUAAGCUGAACCUCCCCAAACGACAACCGCCUGCUGCAGUACGAAGAAUCACGCCGGCCUGCAAGAUGCCAACAAAUGUCGAUUUAGUUGCCCGAUCAUACGUCCUUCAUCUAAUAAAUUAAUUCGCGAUCACAACUGGA